UAUCUCCGAACUCCAAAAGUCCAAACCACCCCUGGAUCCGGAUAACGCUCCUCUCUCUUCUCCCUCCGCUGUCGCUCCUCUCCUGUCCACUCCACUCUCUCCAAUGGCGACCACCAUUUCGUCUCUCAUAACCCCUCCGGCCCUCCACCGCCGCUGCCGUGGCCCCGCCUCCGCCCCAGCCUCCCUCUCCUUCCGUGCCGUUGCGGCGCCGCGGGUGAGGCGCUGGCCGGUUGCGCUGCGGGUGGCCGCCUCCUCCGCGGUGCUGGAGGCGCCGGAGGAGGUGGCGGCGCGGAAGCUCUACGUGGGCAACAUCCCCAGAACCGUCACCAACGACGAGUUCCGCGACAUGUUCGCCGAGCACGGCACCGUCGAGCGUGCGGAGGUUAUGUAUGACAAGUACACCAAUCGCAGCCGGCGGUUUGGGUUUGUCACUAUGAGCACGGCGGAGGAGGCUAACGCUGCAGUUGAGAGUCUCAAUGGCACCGAGGUUGGAGGUAGAACGAUUAAAGUGAACGUGACAGAGAGCUUCUUGCCUAACAUUGAUCGAUCGGCUCCAGAACCAGAGCCUGUAUUUGUGGACAGUCAGUACAAGGUUUAUGUUGGUAAUCUUGCAAAGACUGUAACAACGGAAGUUCUUAAAAACUUCUUCUCUGAAAAGGGGCAGAUCCUCAGCGCCACAGUCUCCCGUGUUCCUGGGACUUCAAAGUCCAAGGGAUUCGGCUUUGUCACCUUUUCUUCAGAGGAAGAAGUUGAAGCUGCGGUUGCUACUUUUAAUAAUGCGGAAUUGGAAGGGCAACCCAUUCGUGUGAAUAGAGCUUAGAUUAGCAGAAAUUUGCAGGAGCGCUGAAGGCAGGGGGAAUAUCUCGGCGGAUACAUGUAGACUGAGGGAUACUUGGAGACUAGAUUUUGAUAACAAAAUGAACAAGACCUUCAAUGCAAUUUCAGUCUGUUAAACAAUUUUUGUAUGAUAACAGUGUAUGUGAAGAAUUUUGCUUGUCAUUGUUCAUAUUCUUACAUGGAGCAUUUGUUUUUUGACCGUCGUUUCUAUAUGAUUACAUAAAGGCAGCAUGGUUUCGUUUU